CGUUCUCUACGUGUUUUUAAAUAUUGCGCCCUUGUAUUUUGCAAUUGAAACCCGCAAAUAACAACCACAGACAUGUCAGUCACAUUACACACAGAUUUAGGGGAUAUAAAAAUCGAGCUGUUCUGCAGCUCGGUUCCAAAAACAUGUGAAAAUUUUUUGGCGCACUGCGCACUGGGGACGUAUGAUAAUACAAAGAUUCACAGGAAUAUUCCGGGGUUUAUGGUGCAGAUGGGUGAUCCGACAGGGACAGGGAAAGGUGGAGAGUCGAUCUGGGGUGGAAAGUUCGAGGAUGAGAUCAGGCCAGGUCUGAGGCAUAACGCGAGAGGUGUGGUAUCGAUGGCAAAUUCAGGACCAAACACAAAUGGUUCACAGUUCUUUAUUACAUACGAUAAACACAGUCAUCUGGACGGAGCAUAUACAGUGUUUGGAAAGGUUAUCGAUGGACAAGAUACGACGCUCUCAGAGCUGGAAGAAGUGAAGUGCGAUAAGAAAAAUAGGCCUUUGACCCCGAUUUAUAUAAAGAGCGUGACCAUACACGCCAAUCCUCUGGCCGAAUAGAUGUUCUCAGUCAAGUUGUUUAUCUAUGUCGUGUACGAUAGCGGACUUAAAGCAGAGCUCUUGUAUAAAAUCAUCAAAUUCAAUUAAUUCUAAAGCUAUAAA